GUGCGUGUGUAGCGAAAUUUUGGAAUCGUCUGCAAGUGUACUAUAAACCGUAGAGAAAUUAUCUUGUAUUUUUAGGAAAUAGUCAGAAUUUUAGUUUCAUUUAUACUGUAUCAAGUAGUGCAUUAAUGAAGACACCCUCAGGUAGUACCAGUUGUGACUUUGCCAUAGUAGAAGAACGGAACUUUUUUGUGUGAAUCAUACUCUGUUGGAAAGAACUAAAAGGAACCUCAAGAGGAGAAAGAAAGCGACGACUGGACGGACCGCUUUACUGCUAGAACCGAUGGAUGGUCAUAUAAAUCUUGACCAUACGACUUCGACCGCACCAGCUGGCGUAGGCGUUGUCUUAGCGGGUCAGAAUAGCAAUGCUACUGGUGGAGAAGAAGGUGAUUCAGCCGAUGGACGAUCGUCUACAAAACAAAGGCGCUGGCAAAAAAUGCCUCCCGAGGGUACAGAGAAUCAUUUGUCCUACGGAGCUGCAGAUUCCGUCCCACAGGUAACGAUUCGUGACCCAAGCAGACGGUCAGGGCAAACUGGAAAUCGUUCUGGCCUUUCUAGUGGCAACCAACCUCGUGCCCCCGGGGGUGAUGAUGGAUCGCGACAGCGAGAAGAAGAGGAAGAAGGUCUCAAGUAUGGAGCCCAGCACGUGAUCAAACUUUUUGUCCCCGUCACCCUCUGCAUGAUUGUUGUGGUGGCCACAAUCAGCUCGAUCAAUUUUUACUCUACCAAAGAUGUGUAUCUGGUAUAUACACCGUUUCACGAGCUGUCGGAUGAUACGGGAACUAAGAUCUGGAACGCUCUCGCCAAUUCGAUGAUUCUGAUGACUGUGAUUGUGAUCAUGACAAUAUUGCUGAUCGUGCUGUAUAAGCGACGCUGUUACAAAGUGAUUCACGGCUGGUUGAUAAUGUCUUCGUUGAUGCUACUGUUUCUGUUCAGCUAUCUCUACUUGGAGGAGGUACUCCGAGCGUAUAACAUUCCUUUCGAUUACCCAACGGCACUUCUGCUUAUGUGGAACUUUGGGGUGGUUGGCAUGAUUUCAAUCCACUGGCAGGGUCCACUUCGUUUACAGCAGGGCUAUCUUAUUUUCAUUGCCGCUCUGAUGGCACUGGUUUUCAUCAAAUACCUGCCGGAAUGGACCACAUGGGUAGUGUUGGCUGUGAUCUCCAUUUGGGAUUUGAUUGCUGUGCUAACGCCGAAAGGUCCACUUCGAAUUUUGGUCGAAACAGCUCACGAGCGGAAUGAGCAAAUUUUCCCUGCUUUGAUUUAUUCUUCAGCAACAAUCAUGUACUCGUAUAUGGGAACACACUCGGAUCCAAGCGAGGAAUCACUGACGCGCUCCAGUGGAUUAAGUGGAGAACGUGCCAUUGGUACAGGCAUGACCAGCUAUGGCUCGACUGGAUCUCCUGUACAUAGCUUGGUACAGCAGCAGCAACAACAACAACAGCAACAAAUACCGGACAAUACCGAAGUAGAUCAAUCCGGUGGCUUCACUCAGGAGUGGGCCUCAUCCUCGCAGCAACGGGUGGCCCGCCGUCAAAUCGAGGUUCAGGCUAACGUUUCCAGCAAUCCAAACCGUCCCGAGUAUCGCACAGUAACGGCCGAUUCGAGUCGUACCAGCGAAUCGGAUAAUCGGGGUACCGGUGAUUCGCAGCAGGUUCCACUGUACGAACAGGCAGAAGAGCGAGGCAUCAAGCUUGGGUUAGGUGAUUUCAUCUUCUACUCGGUGCUGGUUGGAAAGGCGUCGAGCUAUGGGGACUGGAACACAACUAUAGCAUGCUUUGUGGCAAUUCUGGUGGGACUCUGUCUGACGUUGCUCUUGCUGGCGAUCUUCCGCAAGGCCCUGCCAGCUUUGCCGAUCUCAAUCUUUUUUGGACUAAUAUUCUGUUUCGUGACGAGCGUGAUUGUAAAGCCUUUCACUGAAGCACUGGCGUCGGAACAGGUCUUCAUCUAGUGACCGAUUAUAGGUCACUAAUAAGCAAACAGUUAAACUUGCUUAGUAGCAAUCAGGAUCUAUUUUUUUUUAUGCACCACUGUUUUAAUUUUGAAAAAGUGUGCUUACAUGGUUACGCCAAACAAACUUCUAACUUAUUAUCAAACUAAUUGUCCAAACGAGAACGUUAAGUGGUGAGACAAAAUGACUAACUUUAUAUCGCAUAAGCAUUAGCUAAUGAAUAUUGUAAUCUAUUAGCAGUUCAUCUUUUUAAAUCCACUAUAGCUGAUCAUUAAAUCCAUUCAAAUAAACUGUAAUAGAAACUUUCAAA